AUGGCUACACGUUUUGCCAGAGGAAUGCACAAUCUGAAUGACGUGUCUAGUCGCUGUAAGAAACCAUUCACAUGCUAUCAAUAUGGGAAGAGUUUCAGCAAAUCAUCACUUUAUAGACACAAGAAGAUCCACACCGGUAAAAAAACAUUCACUUGCACUCAGUGUGGGAAGAGAUUUAACUGCUCAUCACACCUUAAUCAACACAUCAGGAUCCACACUGGAGAGAAACCAUUCAGAUGCACUCAGUGUGGGAAGAGUUUUAACUGCUCAUCACACCUUAAUGAACACAUGAUGAUCCACACUGGAGAGAAACCAUUCACAUGCACUCAGUGUGGGAAGAGUUUUAGCAAAUCAUCGUCGCUUUAUAGACACAUGAAGAUCCACACUGGAGAAAAACCAUUCACUUGCACUGAGUGUAGGAAGAGUUUCAGCCAAUCAUCAUCCCUUAAUCAACACAUGAGGAUCCACACUGGAGAGAAACCAUUCACAUGCACUCAGUGUGGGAACAGUUUCAGUAAAUCAUCAUCGCUUUAUACACACAUGAAGAUCCACACCGGAGAAAAACCAUUCACUUGCACUGAGUGUGGGAAGAGUUUCAUCCAAUCAUCAUGCCUUAAUGUACACAUGAGGAUCCACACUGGAGAGAAACCUUUCACAUGCACUCAGUGUGGGAAGAGUUUCAUCCACUCAUCACACCUUAAUCAACACCUUAUGAUUCACACUAGAGAGAAACCAUUCAAAUGCACUCAUUGUGGGAAGAGUUUUAGCCAAUCAUACCUUAAAAAACACAUGAAGAUCCAC